GUUCGUAUAACGUAAGUAAGUCAACUUGAUUUCCUCUUUACACGAGACACAGAGGUGCUGAAUCAGACUGAUAAGUACACCAGUGAGUUAUUUAGUUUGGGUCUCCAUUUCAGGUUUAAGUACAACAAAGGAAACCAGCAACCGCCAGGGAAGCCCUAAAAAUGAAUUAUGAAGGACGAGAAGGAUCAAUCCUUCCUACUCAAAUGAUUAAACGGCAAAAUCUACCGAAAUCCAAGUCAUACAGUUUGCCAUUUCGCAGCUUUGUGUUUUUGGUAUUGAUAAUGUGCACGAGCAUUGUAGUAACAAUGUGGCUCGCUUUCCCAAGCGUCAUUAACUGCUCGAACGCACCUCAGUCAGACACAAGUCUGCCAAGGUGGAUCGAACAACGCAGUGAGAGGCAAGCUGGAAUGCAAGGAUCUUAUGGCCAGUACACCAAAGUGAACGUCGUGCCACGUAACCUUUCCCUCAGUCGAGAUUCACCAAUUAUUUUUGUUGGGGGUGUUCCAAGGAGCGGAACGACACUUUUCCGUGCCAUGCUGGAUGCACAUCCGGAUGUAAGAUGUGGAGAAGAGACAAGAGUCGUUCCUAGACUAUUGUUUAUGCGCCAGCGUUGGUUGAGUGAUGUGAGAGAGAAGGAGAGACUGUUUAAUGCCGGUGUGACUGAUUCUGUGAUCAAUGACGCAUUGGCAUCUUUCAUACUUGAAAUAAUAGCAAAACAUGGUGAACCUGCAAAACGUCUAUGUGACAAAGACCCACUUGCCCUAAAGAUGAUGGACUAUCUGAGUAUUUUGUUUCCAAAAGCAAAGUUUGUCAUGCUUGUAAGAGAUGGAAGAGCAGUCGCCAAUUCGAUAGUUCAGCAGAAGAUUCGAAUUCAGGGUGUUGAUUCCAAUUCAUUUGAAGGUGCACUAAAGUUUUGGAAUAAUGCUGGCCAAGUUAUGUACAGUCAUUGUCGACAAUUAAAAACUCGAUGCCUAAUGGUUCGGUAUGAAGACUUGGUGACUUUCCCAUCUCUACAAAUGAAACGAGCUCUUCAGUUUCUUGAUAUGUCGUGGAACAGUGCUGUACUCCAUCAUGAGAAGGCAAUCGGACAACCAGGUGGAGUGUCACUCUCCAAUUUGGAGCCAUCAAGCAAACAGGUACAGGAACCCAUACACACAAAAUCAUUAAGAAAGUGGGAGAGGAACAUUCCAGCUGACAUGAAGGAGAGUAAAUUACAUUCGGUAGCACCAUUGCUGAAAGAACUUGGUUAUGAUUAGCAUGACACAAUUUCUAACGAGAGACACACACAUGUUUUAAAUGCUCUUUUUACAAAUAACGGACUUGAGGUUCUUUAUUGAACUGGUGAGGUAAGUACUUGUUAAGGCAAGCUGUUUGUUUUAAUUAUGUAGUAAAACUGAAAGUCACUUUAUUUCAGUGGCUGAUUACUGAAUAUUCAGUCUAAUUUCAAGAUUUGGUUUGAAUAAACUAGAGUUGUCAUCUGUCUUUCU